GCUGGGUGACAGAGUGAGACCUCAUCCCCCUGGCAAAAAACGAUUAACUUUCUUAUAAUUCUGAAGUAAUAAAGGUAAAAAUUUGAAAUAUAAUCUAAGUCUAACCAAUAUGCUAUAUGGUCAGGCAUUAACUGAUAGCAUUGUUUUUCUAACUAAGGAAAUGAAAUUUAUGUUAUUCCUACUCCUACUCCAUGAACUAAACUCUCAUGUGAAAAUACAAGUUUUAGUUUAUAGUUUGUUUAUACUACUCUGCACAAAUAUACCCAUGUUCUUAUCGAAGCUCUAAGUAUGCUGGGACAGAUACUACAAAUGAACUUUAUGAUGAGCGAAUUAACCUGAUUUAUAGUCCUGUACCUUCUCUACAUGCCAUAUCCAUUAUUAAAGAAAUGAGUCUAAGUAGGAAGUAGAGUUAACCUAUAGUUGCAUUUCUUGAAUUUCUUAUUCUCUUUCUUCAGUCUUUUUCGGUUAACCUACACACACACACACACACACACACACACACGUUUAUAAGUGGGAUGGGAGAGGGGUAUGGUGAUAAUUAAAAGAGGUAAGCUUUCUCUUGAGAUGAAAAUGUUUUAAAAUUGUGAUGGCGGAUGCACACCUCUGAAUAUAUUAAAAGCCAUUGAAAUGAAAAAAGGGUGGGGGGAAUCCAAAAGUGUUGCAGACCCAACCUUGAGAUUUGCCUGUUUGGGAAUGAAUUUUCCAAUAACUUGAAAGUUGUAAAAACUCACAGUUCUCAGGGUUAGGUGUCAGAAAGAAAAGGAAGUAAUUUAUUCUUUAAUAAAGCAAUUGUUAAAUACUCUUUAGAACUACCACUGAUUGCAAUUUUGCAGUGUCUACUCAUAGUGUCUAUAUAGGUACCAUGAAAAAGAUGUACUUGUGAAACUGUUCUCAUGUUACUUCAGAAACAUUUUGCUCCUAAGUGUAUAUUCUAUCUCUGGUUAAAUGUUCAUUGAAUUUUAUUUAAUCAUUAAUCUCAACAGCAUUAAACAGUCAAUAACAUAAAUGACAGUCUUCUCUUUGUGCUCCUCCCUGUACAACAUCACAGAGCUCCAUCUGUACACACGAAAGUCACAUGAAAAUAGAACUCAGUGUUUUAUAUUACAUAGUCUAUUCAGUACGUUUAGAAGUAUUUUGCCUCCAAUAUUCAACCAGAAUAAAAGACUCAGUGAGAACGCGUGGUGGCGCUGCAGGUUAAGAUGACGGAACAUAGAAUUGCCUGCGCAGCUCCAGGAUCCAGCAAACGGUUUCCCAAAGCCUGGAAGCAAAAGAAUAGCUGAGCCAGAGCAAACGCGAGUGUGAAACCUUUUUAAGACAGCAUUGGGCUGCUUGGUUCUGACAUUCUGGAGUGCAAAACCGUGCUACUAGGAUCCUGGGGAUACAUGAAGCUUCUGUGAACCAACUUUUCAAGAAAAAGCAAUGGAGAUUGGAUGGAUGCACAAUCGGAGACAAAGGCAAGUCCUUGUUUUCUUUGUUUUGCUGAGCUUGUCUGGGGCGGGCGCCGAGUUGGGGUCCUAUUCCGUAGUGGAAGAAACGGAGAGAGGCUCUUUUGUGGCAAACCUAGGAAAAGACCUGGGGUUGGGGUUGACAGAGAUGUCCACCCGCAAAGCCAGGAUCAUUUCCCAGGGGAACAAACAGCAUUUGCAGCUCAAGGUUCAAACUGGGGAUUUGCUCAUAAAUGAGAAGCUAGAUCGAGAGGAGCUAUGCGGUCCCACUGAGCCUUGCAUACUACAUUUCCAAGUGUUAAUGGAAAAACCUUUAGAAAUAUUUCAGGCUGAACUGAGGGUGAUAGAUGUAAAUGACUAUUCUCCCAUGUUCACUGAGAAGGAAAUGAUUCUAAAAAUACCGGAAAACAGUCCUCCAGGAACUGAGUUCCCUCUGAAUUAUGCUUUGGACUUGGACGUAGGAAGCAAUAAUGUUCAAAACUAUAAAAUCAGCCCAAAUUCCCAUUUUGGGGUUCUAACCAGAGAACGCAAUGAUGGCAGGAAAUAUCCUGAGCUAGUGUUGGAUAAAGAGCUGGAUAGGGAGGAGGAGCCUCAACUAAAAUUAACCCUGACAGCGUUGGAUGGCGGCUCUCCAUCGCGAUCUGGAACUGCUCAGGUCCGCAUUGAAGUGGUGGACAUCAAUGAUAACGCCCCUGAGUUUGAGCAGCCCAUCUACAAAGCUCAGAUUCCAGAGAACAGCCCUCUUGGCUCCCUGGUUGCCACCGUCUCCGCCAGGGAUUUAGACAGCGGAGCCAAUGGGAAAAUAUCAUACACACUCUUUCAGCCUUCAGAGGAUAUUAGUAAAACUUUGGAGGUAAAUCCUAUGACAGGGGAAAUUCGACUGAGUAAACAGGUAGAUUUCGAAACGGUUACGUCUUAUGAAGUGGACAUCAAAGCCACAGAUGGGGGAGGUCUUUCAGGAAAGUGCACUCUUCUCCUGCAGGUGGUGGAUGUGAAUGACAAUCCCCCACAGGUGACCAUGUCUGCACUCACCAGCCCCAUCCCAGAGAACUCGCCUGAGAUAGUAGUUGCUGUUUUCAGCAUUAAUGACAGAGACUCUGGAGAAAAUGGAAAGAUGGUUUGCUACAUUCAAGAGAAUCUGCCAUUCCUACUAAAACCUUCUGUGGAGAAUUUUUACAUCCUAAUGACAGAAGGCGCGCUGGACAGAGAGAUCAGAGCCGAGUACAACAUCACCAUCACCGUCACUGACUUGGGGACACCCAGGCUGAAAACCGAGUACAACAUAACCGUGCUGGUCUCUGACGUCAAUGACAACGCCCCCGCCUUCACCCAAACCUCCUACACCCUGUUCGUCCGCGAGAACAACAGCCCCGCCCUGCACAUCGGCAGCGUCAGCGCCACAGACAGAGACUCAGGCACCAACGCCCAGGUCACCUACUCGCUGCUGCCGCCCCAAGACCUGCAUCUGCCCCUCGCCUCCCUGGUCUCCAUCAACGCGGACAACGGCCACCUGUUCGCCCUCAGGUCUCUGGACUACGAGGCCCUGCAGGCCUUCGAGUUCCGCGUGGGCGCCACAGACCGCGGAUCCCCGGCGCUGAGCAGCGAGGCGCUGGUGCGCGUGCUGGUGCUGGACGCCAACGACAACUCGCCCUUCGUGCUGUACCCGCUGCAGAACGGCUCCGCGCCCUGCACCGAGCUGGUGCCCCGGGCGGCCGAGCCGGGCUACCUGGUGACCAAGGUGGUGGCGGUGGACGGCGACUCGGGCCAGAACGCCUGGCUGUCGUACCAGUUGCUCAAGGCCACGGAGCUCGGGCUGUUCGGUGUGUGGGCGCACAAUGGCGAGGUGCGCACCGCCAGGCUGCUGAGCGAGCGCGACGCGGCCAAGCACAAGCUGGUGGUGCUGGUCAAGGACAAUGGCGAGCCUCCGCGCUCGGCCACCGCCACGCUGCACGUGCUCCUGGUGGACGGCUUCUCCCAGCCCUACCUGCCGCUCCCGGAGGCUGUCCCGGCCCAGGCCCAGGCCGACUCGCUCACCGUCUACCUGGUGGUGGCGUUGGCUUCGGUGUCUUCGCUCUUCCUCCUCUCGGUGCUCCUGUUCGUGGCGGUGCGGCUGUGCAGGAGGAGCAGGGCGGCCUCUGUGGGUCGCUGCUCGGUGCCCGAGGGCCCCUUUCCAGGGCAUCUGGUGGACGUGAGCGGCACCGGGACCCUGUCCCAGAGCUACCAGUAUGAGGUGUGUCUGACGGGAGGCCCCGGGACCAGUGAGUUCAAGUUCUUCAAACCAAUUAUUGCGGAUAUUCAGGCACAGGGCCCUGGGAGGAAGAGUGAAGAAAAUUCCACCUUCCGAGAUAGCUUUGGAUUUAAUAUUCAGUAAACUCUGUUUUUAGUUUCAUGUACUUUUGGUGUGUUACAUAGCCAUGUUUCUAUUAGUUUACUUUAAAUCUCAAAUUUAAGUUAUUAUGCAACUUCAAGCAUUAUUUUCAAGUAGUAUAUCCCUGUGGUUUUACAAUGUUUCAUCAUUUUUUUGCAUUAAUAACAACUGGGUUUAAUUUAAUUAGUAUUUUUUUCUAAAUGAUAGUGUUAAGGUUUUAAUUCUUUCCAACUGCCCAAGGAAUUAAUUACUAUUAUAUCUCAUUACAAAAACCUGAGGUUUUGAUUCAUUUCAGAGCUUGCAUCUCAUGAUUCUAAUCACUUCUGUCUAUAGUGUACUUGCUCUAUUUAAGAAGGCAUAUCUACAUUUCCAAACUCAUUCUAACAUUCUAUAUAUUCGUGUUUGAAAACCAUGUCAUUUAUUUCUACAUCAUGUAUUUAAAAAGAAAUAUUUCUCUACUACUAUGCUCAUGACAAAAUGAAAACAAGCAUAUUGUGAGCAAUACUGAACAUCAAUAAUACCCUUAGUUUAUAUACUUAUUAUUUUAUCUUUAAGCAUGCUACUUUCACUUGGCCAAUAUUUUCUUAUGUUAACUUUUGCUAAUGUAUAAAACAGACUAUGCCUUAUAAUUGAAAUAAAAUUAUAAUCUGCAUGAAAAUGAAUAAAAAUAAAACAUUUUGAAA